GGAGAUUGCAUUCUCCCCACACUUUGUAGCUGAAUUCAGCUGAAAGAUAAGAAAGUGUUCACUCAGCAGUCCAAAUUUAGAAGAAUGUUUUGAGUCAGUAAUUCCAGCUCAUAGCUCCACUGAAUAUAGCAGCUCUACUGUGCAUUUUGCAUAGUUUAUGUGAAGAGCUUCCAAGUAUUUCUUGUCCCUGAUGAACAAAGGCUCCUCUGUUGUCUGAGAGAAUUCAGGCCUCUAGAAACUGCAUCCACAGCAUUGAUUUUUAUUGGCGAUGUGCUGGGAACUGGGCUGAAUAGUGACGCGACUUGCGCUGGAAAGCACGGGGAGUUUGGAGCGUGACUCACUGCUGGAAUAAGCCGACCGGGACUCAACACUAAAACUGGGAGGAGAAACACUUUGUUUACAAUUGGAGACAAGUGUGUAAGUUAUCAGGUUCCAGAUUUUCAUUCUUGUUUGUGACAAGCCUCCAAAGUGACAAAAUGACCACGAGCCCUGAGCAAUGCAUUAUUGUAGGCAGAUUAGUUGGAAAGCUGCAGGUUAAUUGUUUAAUUGUUAUUUAAUGUAAGGGUAAGGAUAAGGUUUAGGCUGUAGAAAUGAAUGGAAGUCAAUGGAAAGUCCCCGCAAAGAUAGCUGCACAAACGUGCAGGGGUGUGUGUGUGUGUGGGUGUGUGUGUGUGUGUAUCCAGGAUACUGUGCUCAGUCGCAGGGUGGAGGAGCUGGAAAGGAGCCAGUGCGGGACCCAGACGUCGCGAGCAGGAAUUUCCUACCACUUUCAGAGCCAAACAUUCACGUGUAACUCGUGUUUUUGCUGGACCGUGGCCACGUGUGCGGGCACAGCCGACCCCGCCCCUUCUGGAGGAGGGUCUUUCCACUCCACGGCAGUUUAUAAAAGUUUAGUCCGUGUGCAUGGCUGUGGGAAAACUGGGAGAACCUCGCAGGAGACGGUAGCGUUUUACGUGUGAUUUGUGGCGGGUGUGGAUUGGAGAACAAAACCAACUUCAUCAUCAUUGCUGUGGAACCGAGUCGAAGACAACAAAGAGGUGGACAGACAGACAGACUCACUUGAUACCGCUGAAGAAGAACUGGACUUCAUUUGAAUCAACAUUGCAGAAUCAUGGCUCCUCACAAGCCGACGCUGAGCUCCCUCGGGGGGAACAGACGGGUCCGCAGGAACCUGUUCGGCCCGGUGGACCGAGACCAACUGCAGGUGGAGUACCAGGCAGCGCUGCGCAAGGACCUGGACGAAGCGUCCAAACGAUGGGGCUUUGACUUCAAGUCGUACAAGCCUCUGGAGAGCAGCGACUUCAAGUGGGAGGGCAUCCCAGAAACCAGGGUGCCACUGCUCUACCGGUCCUGCGUGCCGGCGGAGGGCCUGGGGCCGGCAGGAGGGGCUGUUCCGACCAAACCAGCAAGGGUGGAGAAGGAGAACAUCCCUCAGACGCCAGGGAAGAGGAAACUGCAGGACCUGAAGAAAACGCCAGCGAAGGGAGAAAAAGCUGCGCUGAAGAGGAAACAGACGAAUAUUACAGAUUUCUAUCAGGCCAAGAGACGAGUUGUGUGGAAGCCGAGGAAAUCCGGGGAGUGAUUUUCACAGAAACGCUGCCAAAGCUCCCGAGAAACCACACAGGCAGCACCUGACUCAGGAAUCAUAUGUUCCACUGACAUAUGACCACACAGACUACAACCAUGAAUCAUAUAGACAAAAAAACCCGGAGGGGACCUCAGCUGCUCGUCAACACUACAGUAUACGGUAAUUAGGGUACUGUAAAGGAGGGAGCUGGCUUGUUUUUCCCCCCGCCGGUGGUAAGAUGGGGGCAUUUGAGCAGAAAAGAUUAACAGUAAUCCCUGGAAUCAGUGGAUUUAUACUCAUUUGGAUCAAGGGCUCGCCAAAGUGCUGACUGACAUUUGCUGUGGUCGUCCAUCCCACGGCUCUUUCAAAAACCUCAGCUUCACGGUGACUCUACCUCUCUAAGGAAACAUGAAAACCUGGAUGGAGCGAUUUGAGAUGUCGCUGAGGCUAUUAGGUUCGCAGGAAGAAGCUGAAGACCAGGAGGAAGCACUCUGUCUCCUUUGUUCAAAUGCACUGUUGUUUUUUUUACUGUGUUUUCUACUUCUUGUACUUUGUAUGAAAAUACUUGAGGAGCUCUGAUAUCUUGAACAUGCAGAAGCUUUGCCACCCUGUUUUUUCCCAUCCAAUCUACUGUAUAUAAAAGUUGUCAUUUUUAAAAAAUCAACCCAGACAAUAUAACAGAGUUAUUAGCCUCUAGCUCUUGUUUAUAGGAUAUAUGUUGUAAUCUAACUCAGAUUGAGAGAUAAAGUUUUAUUUAGCAUAGUAGCAUUAAAUUAAAAACAUUGCCGUAUUGCACAUCCAGAGCCUUUACUGUGCCUCUCUGUAUUUUUAAGCUCCAUAAACGACAAUCAGAAGAAAGUGUUCCUGAACACAAAUGUGUUAUUUGCCAAGCUAAAGUACAUUUUAUCAAACAAAGCGUGUUCCUUUGGGGUUUUUUUUUCUCGUCCUGACAUUUAUCUCUGUUCUGGCAAACCCUGCUGCUAUCGAUAAUCUGAACGGGUCGCAGACGAGGGCCUGUAAUUCUAAUCCUUUACAUACUGACAGCUUUGAAAUGUCCACCGCUGCAAAUCCGAGGCAGAAAACUGCCACACACAAUGAAUGCACUUCUGUUAGUAGACGCUUGUGCACAAACCUUACAAAUAUAUUGUUUCUGUUAAAGAAAAGCUGCAAAAAUGUCUAUUCCUUUAUUUAUUGAAAGAUGAUGUUCCAAGUGUCUAUUUAGAUUGUCUAAUUAUGACAUUUUCUAACCUGAAUAAAUGUUUCAAAUGUA